UGGAAAUCGCGUGUCAGUGCCUCAGACUCUUGCUAAUUGCGUCGUUUGGUAUGCGUCCGAGAUGGAGGCUGUUCAUGCUUCCCGCCGCGGCUGUAGGUUAAAUGGACAAGUACCCGAUUCAAGCGGCCGCCGGAGGCCCUGAAUGUCGUUAUCCCAGUGAGUUGGCUGUCUCCGCGAGACCAUUAAUGUCCCUCCGUCAGGAUAAUCACCACUACGCCACUGAUCGAGGGCGCCGAAGUCGCGUGCUGCACGUUGCAUAGUACUGUUGUGUGGCGGACGGCCCAUUCUUGGCCGCUGCACAAAGGGCUCCUCAGGUACAAAGGCGAAGGAUGGCGGUAAACGUGCUCUCAGAAUCCUUCCACCAUCACUUCCCCACUCCCUCUUCAUGUCGAGUACCGAGUCGAAUGAGAUCCCGGCGACUGGGUCCAACCCGACCUCUGGUACCAACGACACGCAGGUUCCCGUGGCGCCCUCUCCCUCAGACGACGCAAGUCUCCCUCAUCCUGCCACUGGUUCUGCAUCUCACACUCAAGGCCAGAAGCGUCCACACGUUCCCGACAACGUAAUGAUGGGACGUGUUCGAGACGAACGCGGGGUUACCCGGCUAUACCCUCUCGUCGAGACGAAGUCGUACACCGCCAGAGAGGAUUCGCGAUCAAUCAGAUCGCUUCCAGUGAGCCGUCGAAGGACCAAGGCCUCCACUGCGCUGGUUGAAGACACGGGAACCGCUGCGCCUCUUGAGAAGGCAGACGUCGGGUCAUCGUCUGCUUCUCCUACCACAGGAGGGUACACUUAUACGAUAGGAAGCCGGUCUGAGACCCCCCUCGAACCUAUGGAUCGGUCUGUGUUGCAGCUAUACCAGAGGUCACCCUACGCAUUCAUGAUGGAAAGUCCGCUGAAGAAGAUCAGAGCUUGGAUAAAACCUCAGAGUUCAGACACACCGUCCAAAGCCGAAGAUGCAGAACCGUCGUCGAAAGGGAUACCUGAGGGCGACUUCGCGUUCCAGAUGGAAGUGUCAGAGACAUCAAAUACGUCUGGGCCGGGGGAGACUUCCCAAGUUGAAACACAAUUGAGGCUCAUGCAGAUCAGGGAGCAUCCCCAUCAUCCUGCCGAGCAGCGCACAGAUGAUCUUGGAGCUUCGGUUUCCAACAAUGGGUCGAAUUCUGGUGGCCAGGAUAGCGAACGCAUAGCAGACGUUGACGAUCCCAUGACCAGUCACGCCGUGCCGUCGGACUCUCACAUUGGGGGCGGUGGUCAGGCAUCGAGCGAUGUUGGCUCCGGAGACAUUGGUUCCACGAAAACCGGUUUGACGGCGUUGGGGCCGGAUUCCACGCACAGCGGCCAGACCCAUGGCGUCGUUGGAGAUGUGGAUGAUCCCAUGGGUGAUCCAGUUGCACCCUCAAACACUUUUGUCCAGGGUUCAAGUGGUCAAACCGCACAGACUCAUGGCUGGUCUGAAGACGAUGAUCCCGUGAAGCGUGAUGACGUCGCAACAGAGUCUACCCCUAGGCCUAGUACCGUGGAUGUGGACGAUCCCAUGGACAAUCCAGACUUGACAUCGGAUCCUAACGCGCCGGAUCGCGCCGGUCAACUCGUUCGUGUUCACGAUAUCUCCUAUUAAGUCUGUUGACGUACGUUCGCAGAGCCAUAGCAAUUCUCAAGGUGCUGAUAUCCCCACGGGCAGCGGUGCCGUGGUGACGGAGUCAAAUCCCGAAUCGACUCAGAGCGGCCAGUCUGGUAUCGAUGGUGCAUCCUCCGAUGGCAACAGUUCGGGCACUGUGAAGGCUGGUCCAGUUGACAAGGGCAAAGCACGAGAGGCUGCGGC